GAGAAGCACCUGACCUCUGAGGAAGCAAUGAACAGAGACAGAGCUUUCCCUUGUAGGCUCUUGCUGGGAGUUGAUUGAGCUCACAUGCUUGGGAGUCAACAAGAACUGAUGAACUUCUGUUUAAAUAUGAUUGGUGUUUCUUUCUUGGUCAAAAAGUAUUCUUCUUUGUAAUACCCUGACCUCCUAAGGGGACUCUAUUUUUUUUAAAAUCAUCAUGAAGGGACCAGAAAAAGCAUACCUGGUGAGCGAUAAAGCAACCAAGAUGUACUCCUUAACUUUGGACAGCAGUGAAAAGAAUAACUUCAGCAAACCUCCACUUCAGGACCAUGAAAACCCACGUAUCAAAUAUCACUGCCACAAUAACAACACCAAGGCCUAUGAUGCCAGGCAAAAAGAACAAGCGUUGGCCAAAAAGAAACUGUGUAUUGCAUCACUUAUAUGCUUCAUAUUUAUAUCUGCAGAGAUUGUAGGUGGGUACAUUGCAGGAAGCCUUGCUGUUGUAACAGAUGCAGCCCAUCUCUUAGUAGAUUUGUCUAGUUUCUUUAUCAGUCUUUGUUCCCUCUGGCUUUCAUCAAAGACUUCAACAAUGCGGCUAACAUUUGGAUGGUAUCGAGCAGAAAUUCUAGGUGCACUUCUGUCCAUAAUAACAAUAUGGCUGGUGACAGGAGUACUAGUCUAUUUGGCCAUCGAGCGAAUAAUCCGGCCUGAUUACACCAUUGAUGGAACCAUAAUGCUGAUAACCUCUGCCUGUGCCUUGGGUGCCAAUUUAAUCUUGACUUUGAUUUUGCACCAACCAGGACAUGGACACAGUCAUGCAGGAGGCAAACAUGAGCAUAUGGCGUCCGACUACAAGCUCCAAACCAAUGCGAGUAUUCGUGCAGCCUUUGUACACGUCAUAGGGGAUCUGUUUCAGAGCAUUAGUGUUCUCAUUAGUGCACUGAUUAUUUACUUUAAGCCAGAGUACAAGAUUGCUGAUCCAAUCUGCACCUUUAUAUUCUCCGUUUGUGUCUUGAUCACAACUAUGACAGUGCUGAGGGAUCUCUUGACUGUCCUAAUGGAAGGUACUCCACGGGGGAUUCAUUACUGUGAUGUGAAACAGUCCAUUCUGGCUGUAGAUGGGGUUAAAUCAGUGCACAGUCUUCAUCUAUGGGCUUUAACAAUGAAUCAAGUCAUCCUUUCAGCUCACAUUGCCACAGACAUUGUUUGUGAAUCAAAGAGAAUUUUGAAGGACGUCACACAAAAUGUAUUUGCCAUCUUCCCUUUUCACUCAGUCACCAUUCAAGUGGAACCAGUAGAUGAGCAGAGUCCAGAGUGUAUGUUCUGCUAUGAGCCAACACAGUGAUCAAGGUCAUCGCCAUACCUUUGACUUCGUCACAGCCAACCAAUGACUCUUUUUCCUAAAAGGAAUUUCACAAGGUGAAAAAUACAAGAUUCUGAUGUAUAGUUUACAACUGCGCCUAUUGAUGAACCUUGGAGCUACGGCCACCCUGGACCUGAAGGUAUAGCUCCAAGGUUCCCAAGCAUCAAUAGGCGCAUCAGGCUUCGACCCAGUAAAUCAGAUGUAUACGCCAUUUUGAAAGUGUGCUCUGAAAGUGAGGUAACCCCCACUCUGAAAAUCCUAGACACUACUUGCACCCAAGUCACACAAGUGAAACUGUGUUAGUUUUGAUGCAUUUGUGCAAUUGUAGCAGAAGCAACUUGGAGAACAACAAUUAUCCUGGAAUCAUGGGAAAAGCUACAUUAUGGGUGAAAACAACAUGGGGAUUUUCAUCUGAAAUUGCGCUUUGCACACUGUACUUCUGUUCAUAAAUGACCCCUUAGCCCUACUGCAUUCAUUGUAAAGCACAAAUAAAGGCUGAUUGCGGCAGACA